ACGCUAUAACAAGGAGGUGGGGCUGUGAAGCAGCCGCGACCUCCUCGCCGGACACUUCCUCCGCCCGCCUGCGCUCUAGCGCUGAACUUGUCGCCUCGCCGGAGCGCAGCCAGACCCACUUGUGCCGGCGCAGACGCUGUUGGCAGUUGACACCGGACGGCCAUGUCGCCAUUGAGGAAAACCCACCUGUUCGCUGCUCUCCUGCUGGGCUGGCAUUUUGGAGUCGCCGCUGCGCUCCAAGAACCGCAGAUCUGCUACAUCCUGGAUGGGAUUCUCUUUGUCUACGGGAUCGUGCUCACGGUGCUGUACUGCAGACUGAAGCUGCUACCUGGAACAUCCGGCAAGAAGGGAGGAAGCACUUCUGAGAAACAAGGCGGAGAGAGCAUCUACACGGGUCUGGCGCCGCGACCGCAGGACACGUACGAGACCAUCUCGCCCCAGAAGAAAGCAAGAGAGUGACGAGCACGCGCGCGCCUCGCGGACAUCGCCGGCCGCCGUGUCCCCGUGACUGUACCUUCACUGCUAUGUGGUUCAUAUCAGGAUAAUGUCAAGUCUCGGUUCUGUAAAAAAAUGGGUGAAAAUAUCUGUUACACAUAUACCUACUAAAUGUAGUUCAGGUGGGGAGCUGCGUCAGCAUGCGUAGGCUGCAAAGGAACAAGUAAUGGUUUAUUCCCUGCUGAA